AACCGCGCUCAGUACGUAUCGGCCGGUCGCGACGACGAGAUAAAGAGUAGCCAAGUAGCGCCCCCGCCCCGAAGGAGUCAGCCAGUGCAGAAGAGCGCGGAUUAGCGGCGCGUGGUUUUUCGGAACCAGCCCUCCCUCCCCUAGGCGUGUUUCUCCCAGUCGCUGCAUGCUUGCGUGCACGUGCGAGAUGUGAUUGUGCGGGCGCGCACACAACAAAUUUGUGCAAUCGGAGGCGAAUGCUAAUUGGCCUUCUCCAAUCAGUGCGUUUGCUGUUCGGAGUGUGGAGGCGGCAGCAGACAACAGUUGCCAGCUCGUGAUGGCGCAGUGAUUGCAGCAUUUGACAGUGCCCAGCUCUAGCGCGCAGCAGUGACGACAGCCGGACGGACCGAUGUGAUCUGGAGGCGCAGCGUUCCAGCCAGUGCCAGCGUGCGAGCGAACAAACAAUUCGUGGUGGUUGUUGUUGUGCGAAAAUUUCGCGCAAUGAGCGGCUGUCAACUGCGCCGUGUGUGUCGCAGCCGAACCAGCCGCCACUAAGCGAGGGUGUAGUGUAUAAGUGUUUGUGUGUUUGUGUGUGUGUGUGUGUGUAUAAAAAAACCGCCUCGUAAAAAGGGCACAUUGACGGCAGACAGGACCCGGGACCCGGGGGUUUUGCGUUCCCGCAGCAAUCAAACAGCUCCUCCCCCGCAGUAGUGGUGUAGCGGUAGUAGACAGCAGCAGCAGCAGCAAUUGGAGCUGGUGCAGCAGCAGACAGCGAACCGCUCUUCUAUCAACAACAACAGCGCUCGGUGGAUUAGCACGAUCAACAAGGAUGUCUCGUCGCAGAGCCGCCCGGGGCCUUCGACUGCUGGUCUGUUCGCUGUGUCUGCUCAGCUACCUGCACCCGGUCUCGGCAGAUGCUCCCGAACGCAGCAGUAACCGGCGGCCAAUGCGCCGAGUGGACGCGGUGGCCACCGACCAGGUGGAGGACCGCACCAACGCGAUCGACCAACCGCUCGACCAGGCCCUCCAGCUCAAGUACUACGACGUUGUCUCGGUCGACCUGGUGCACCGGCUGCCGGCCGGCUCCGACCCCGCGCGCGACACGCUCACCCUAGUGGCGGCCGGUGCCGGCGAAGGUGCCGCCGACCCGGAGCAACCAUCCGACGCCAAGGUGUCCCCCCCGGCCGCCAAGCCCGAGGCGGCCAAAACGCUCGCGGACCAGGUGGCCGAGGGCAAGUACGGUCUGAUCCACCGCGAGCUGUUCCAGCGGCGCCCCGAGCGGCUCGGCAUCCUCAACUACCGCCGCAACGAGGAGGUCCCGCUGGACGACGAGCGCAACUACGGCGGGCUCCGGCCGGACGAGAUCUGGCUCGCCGAGGACCACCUGCUCGUGCUCAAGGGCGGCUCGAUCCGGCACGGCAGCAACCGGUCCGGCGAACCGGACGCGCCCGCCUGGCAGCCGAUCGACGACUACCGGGCGCCGGACCGCCAGGUCCAGAUCCCGGCGAACCCGGCCGUCCCGCCACCCUUUCCCGUGCAGCUGCGCGAGAACGGGCCGAUUGAGUUUAUCCGCGGUCGUCAGGUGCCGGCAUUUAAUCCGUUCACUAACGAGUCGGCCUUCCUCUUCACCAACAAAGCGUUCCCGGUCAUACGGCCGGAAGAUUUCGGCGGGCAGAAUAUUCUUGCCGGGCCGGCGGCGCACAAUGCUACUGGCCAGCACCGCCCGGCCGGGCUCCAGUAUCCGCCCCCGGUCAACCCGCCGCCCGUCAGCGACAAUCGCACGUACUCGAACCCGUUCCUGAAGCUGCCCCCGCCCGCCCUGUACGCCGGCCCGCCGGCCGGCGGCUCGCUGGACGAGGCGCGCAACCGCACGGGCGCAGCGCCGCCCGGGCUGCCGCCGGGGCUGGACGAGGACGACCCCUCGCUCUACUACCCGCCGCCGUACACGUUCGAGUACCGGGGCAACUACACGAACCCGGUCCCGCCGGGCCCGCUCGUGCCCGGCAUCAUCCUACCGCCGCCGCCCAACUUUUUCAUCCUGAAGCCUGCCGGCGGAAGCAACGGGACCAGUGUGCGGCCGCCGCCGCCCACCACCACCACCACCACCACCACCACGGACCGGCCGAAGGGUACCAAACCGCCGAAGCAGUACGUCAGUGUGCGGCCCCACCCAACGACCACGGUGGCACCACCACCACCACCACCACCACCCUCGGUGAACAGUGUAGCGCCGGCGAAGAUUGUGCCGUCGCGCGUCGAAAUUCAGAAAGCCGUCCUCAAAACGUUCGUGCCCGUGCUGGAAGUGUACGGCGCUCCACCGAGGCCCGCCAAACCGGCCACGAAGCGACCGCGCCCGAAACCGACCGUCGCCAGCGUCGCUACCGCCACGCCCGCCCAAACGCCGUCCACCAAGCUGCACAAGAUUCCGCCCGAACAGCCGACCGCCGGCCAGCGGCAGCCGGUCUACGCCGAGUACUUUGACGUGCGCACCUCCACGGCACGGCCGCCGGUGAGCUGGAGCGACGUGGGGGUGCCCGCCGGUACGCCCCAGCUGCCCCGCACCUACCUCCCGGUGGGCAAGGUGGAGCAGGCGCGCCCGGUUGCGACGGGCGCCCCGCCCGACUACGGCUACGGCUACAGCCCGAUCGAGCAGUUCCACCGCGAGGUGCAGACGAUCCGCCAGACGCUCCAGAUCUACGAGAAGGCGAACAGGCUGUCGGGCAAGGGGGGCAGGACGUCGAAGGCGCACCAGCAGCACCACCAGCAGCAGCAGCACCCCCAACCGUCGCUUGCCAAUCUGUCGCUGUCGUUCGACGGGAACGUGUACCGGACGCUGUUCCCGGAGGAGGUCGUGCUGCCCCCGCAGCAGGUUGCAGGGGUGCCCUCCUACCACCGCCAGCAUCACCACCAGCCGCAGCCGUACAAACCGGCAUACGAGCCCACGUACGUGUAUCGCCCCACCGCCAACAGCGUCCUGCCGCCGGUCGACCUCCCGACCGGCUAUUACGUCACCAGCACGGAUUAUGGGCGGCACGGCGCGAGCUACGCGGAUGCGGCCGCCCAGUCGCACCCGCAGUACUACCAGCCGACUGCUCCACCGCCACCGCCACCGCCCCAGCCCGACCUGUCCUACAUUGCGCCCGUCAUCCUGAACAAUGGCGCGAGCGGGUACAACCGCCGCCCCGACUUUGACCCCUCCACCACCACCACCACCACCACCACCACCAAAUCCUACCUCAUCCUGGACCAUCGGCUCCAGCGGCCCCAGCCGCCGACCCAACCGCCCUACCUGUACCGCAGCAACGGCGCCGGCCCAACAGGCGACGGGCAGCAGGGGGUGGCGGGCCCGGUGCGCAACCGGUACCUCGAGGGGGACAUACUGGUGAACUACAAGCAUCCGCUGCCGGUGCUCAACCCGGACAGCGAGUUCCUGCCCUACCAUCACCGGCUGAAGGUGCGCAAGCGGCAGAAUGUGCGCGGGGCGGGCGAGCAGAAGCCGCGCUACCACGGCCAGCCGCUCUACAACCACCGGUAAAGGGCUUGCUGAGUGGAGGCAGCAGGGCGUGCAGGUGGACGUGGCCGAAAGGAUGCUUGCUUGGGGCGCGCGCGCGCACUCACACUCUCUUAGGCGCGCUGUCGGGAUGGAUUUGAGUGCUUGCGUGCGUGCGUGUGUGUUUGCGUGCGUGUGUGUGUGUGUGUGAGAGUGUGUUUGUGUAUAUAUAGCGGCUAUAUAAUGGCUUGUUUGUGUGUGCGUGUGGUGCUGUGGCGCACCUAAACACACGCAAAUGUAGGGGGGAAAUACUCAAUGUGUAAUUAUUAUUUGUUUUUCUUUCUUCUUGCAACUACACUUUCUUUCGUUUGUAGUGUUGAGCCGCUUUCAGCUGUCGUACUUUUUUUUUUUGUUGUUGGGGUGGGAAGCAAUGCACAACGCCCUUUUACGCCGGUUCCCCUCCCCUCCGGUGGUCAUAGUAGCGUUAGCGAGUGGAUGGAGGGGGGGGGGGAGGCGGAAUGUGGUGCGGUUGCGCAGGUUAAGGUCUCUGCCAUAGACUGUAAACGAAAAUCGCUAAAUAAAGCUAAUAAAUCACGAUACAGAACAAAACAACGCAAAA